CUCUCCAUUUCUUGUUGAUUCUCUGGGCCAUAUAUUUGAUUCCACGCUCCCACUCUUUCCCUCAACAUUUAAAAUGCCAAUAUCAUCUUCACGGGCCCCUCUCGUCCUCUGUCUCCUCCUAGUCCUCUUCACAAGCAUCACUUCCCCGCUCCCGCUCUCGACCGACGGGAGGUGGAUUGUCGACGCAACCACGGGGAGGCGCGCGAAGCUCGCGUGCGUCAACUGGGCCGCCCACCUGGAGCCGAUGCUCGCGGAGGGCCUCGACAAGAAGCCCAUGGGCGACAUCGUGGCCGAGAUCCGGAGGCUACGGUUCAACUGCGUGCGCCUCACUUGGGCCACCUACAUGUUCACUCGGCCGAGCCUCGGCGAGCGGCCCGUCGGGGAGACCCUCGACACCCUCGGGCUGGCGAAGGCCAAAGGCGGGGUGGCUAGGAACAACCCUCUAGUGUUGAGCAUGACGCAUGUGGAGGCGUACGCGGCGGUGGUGGAUGAGCUUGGGAAGCAAGGGGUGAUGGUGGUGCUGGACAACCAUGUGAGCAAGCCCAUGUGGUGUUGUCCUUACGAUGACGGGAAUGGCUUCUUCGGAGAUGAAUAUUUUGAUCCUCAAGAGUGGCUGAGAGGGCUCGUCGCCGUGGCCGAGCACUUCCAUGGGAAGGGCCAGGUGGUGGGACCGAGCCCGCGAAAUGAACUCCGCGGCUCACGUCAAAACGAGCACGACCGGUACCCGUACAUUCGCAUUGGGGCGACCAAGGUUCACCAGGCCAACCCGAAUGUGUUGGUGAUCGUCUCGGGCCUAACUUGGGCCUCCGAUCUCAGCUUCCUGAAGAAGAGGCCCAUGGGCCCGGACUUGAACCACAAACCGGUCUACGAAGCCCAUUGGUACUCCUUCGGUGGGGACCGGAAAGUCCGGGAGGUCAAGCCCGUGGACCGUGUCUGCGCCAACGGCGUGCAGAGGAUGGACGACCAAGCCGGGUUCCUCGCGAGCGGGCCCGGGGCGGUCCCACUGUUCUCGAGCGAGUUCGGGUUCGACCGCAGUGGGAAAAGCCGGGCCGACGACCGGUUCUUGAGCCGCUUCAUGGGAUACGCCACGGGGAAGGACUUGGACCGGGCCUUGUGGACAUUGCGGGGGAGCUAUUACUACCGGGAAGGGGUUGUCGGGCUUGACGAGACCUUCGGGGUGCUCGAUUUUGAUUGGGAUGGGCUCCGAAACCCAAAGUUUAAGGAGAGGUUUCAACCGAUGCGCACGAUGAUUCAAGAUCCGAGCUCCAAUUCAUCGCUGUCCUACAUUAUGUACCACCCUCAAAGCGGCCGCUGCAUCCGAGCAAAUAACAACCGCAAAAUCGGCGCAGCUGAGUGCCAACGUCGGAGCAGGUGGAGCCACGACCGAGAUGGCGGCCCGAUCAGGCUGAUGGGCACUCCUCUUUGCCUUGAAGCCGUAGCCGACGGGCUCCCGGCGACACUUUCCAUCGACUGCUCGAGCCGGCUGAGCGCUUGGAGACUGAUCUCCAAUUCGAAUCUUCAAGUGGCUGCCACGGAUGGACGUGGGAAUCACCUCUGCUUGGACAAGAAGUCGAAUGAAUCUUCCGUGAUUUUGACCAGGAAGUGCAUCUGCGCGGACGAUGAUUCCGGGUGCAUGGAGAAUCCACAGGGCCAGUGGAUUAAGUUUGUGCCCACCGAUACAUGAUCAGUUGAUCAGUAACCACGACCAAACGAAUGGGUGGCUUUGAUUGAUGCAUGGUGUAGCAUUUCAAAGGAGAAGAAAUAAAGUAUGAGUAGAAAGCAACAUCUUUAAGCUAAAUAUAAUUGUGCCUAAGUUAAAUAAGUGUUUAAGAAUAAAGCUUAAACAAAGAAUUCCUCGAAAAAGAGUAAAAGAAUCCACCU